CAGCAUUUAGCCGAUUAGGUGCUGCCUUCGCUCUUCCUCUGGCCCCCCGCCUCCCUCGUGUUCUUGGCAAUGCCCGCUUUGGGGACGAGGCGGGGACUCCUCUGGUGAAGGGCGGGUUACUGUGUAACUGCUGCUGUUGCUGCUACCGGGCUUUUUCUUGCCAAAGAGGACCUCAAGGSCGGCGCGAGACUGGAGGAGAAGCAGCUUCCAGGAGCAGCUCUUCUGUCCCUUUUCACUGAAAUGUACUAUGGAACAUGCUGGAGAAGAUGAAAUAUGCCAUGCAUCAGAUCAUAGGUAUUGUGUGGAGAGGCGAGUGUAUAACCAAGGAACCCUACAGGAGCAGCUACACAAAAAGGAAAAGACACCUCUGUCUCCCACUCAGAAGAUAGCACAUGCUUGUCGAUGUUCUUCCAAGAAAGCAAGAUCUGCUCUCUUUAGUUUUUUUCCAAUUUUAACAUGGCUCCCCCGCUAUCGAGUGAGGGAGUAUUUAAUGGGAGACAUUAUCUCAGGGAUAAGUACUGGAGUCAUGCAGCUUCCUCAAGGUUUAGCAUAUGCAUUGCUGGCAGCUGUUCCCCCAGUUUAUGGGCUAUAUUCUUCAUUUUAUCCAGUCUUUCUGUACACUUUUUUUGGAACGUCUAGACAUAUAUCAAUAGGAACAUUUGCUGUAAUCAGCCUAAUGAUUGGUGGAGUUGCAGUAAGAGAAGCACCAGAUGAAAUGUUUGACAUCAUGGACACCAACUCUACCAACAGCUCAUAUCCUGAUAACUCUGAAGCUAGAGAUAACAUGAGGGUGAAAAUUGCUGUUGCAGUAACCUUGCUUUCAGGGAUCAUACAGUUGUGUUUAGGACUUCUUCGGUUUGGAUUUGUAGCCAUUUAUCUUACGGAGCCCCUGGUACGAGGAUUCACCACUGCAGCUGCUGUUCAUGUCUUUACUUCACAGCUGAAGUACCUACUUGGAGUUAAGACUAAGAGGUUCAGUGGACCCCUCUCCUUUCUUUAUAGUUUAAUAGCUGUGUGCACAAACAUCACAAAAACGAACAUCGCAGCUUUAGUUGUUGGACUAAUCUGCAUGGUUUUAUUGCUGAGUGGUAAGGAAAUCAAUGGCCGCUUUAAGAAGAAGCUACCUGUUCCUAUCCCUAUGGAAAUUAUUGUGGUGGUAAUUGGCACUGGAGUUUCAGCCGGAAUGAAUUUAUCCCAGACCUAUGGAGUAGAUGUUGUUGGCAAUAUCCCUAAAGGAUUACGUCCCCCACAGAUACCAGAUAUCAGCCUCUUCCGAACAGUAUUUGUGGAUGCAGUUGCAAUAGCCCUUGUUGGAUUUUCCAUGACAAUCUCAAUGGCCAAAAUCUUUGCUCUUAAACACGGCUACAGAGUUGAUGGAAAUCAGGAACUCAUUGCAUUAGGCAUAUGCAACUCUACAGGAUCAUUUUUCCAGACUUUUGCUAUCACUUGCUCAAUGUCUCGGAGUCUUGUCCAAGAGGGUACUGGAGGAAAGACUCAGAUUGCUGGCACUCUGUCCUCCAUCAUGGUUUUCUUAGUUAUUGUUGCCAUUGGUUACCUCUUUGAACCUUUGCCACAGGCUGUGCUUGCAGCAAUUGUAAUGGUGAACCUGAAAGGCAUGUUUAAACAGUUUGGAGAUAUUCUUCAUUUCUGGAGGACCAGCAAGAUUGAACUGGCUAUCUGGAUUGUAGCUUUUCUGGCCUCUGUUUUUCUGGGACUAGACUACGGUUUGAUCACUGCAAUUGCUUUUGCAAUGAUCACCAUCGUGUACAGAACACAAAGCCCACAAUACAGAAUUCUUGGCCAGAUUCCUGACACAGACAUUUACUGUGAUAUGGAAGAAUAUGAAGAGGUGAAAGAAUGCCCUGGAAUCAAAAUAUUCCAAGCAAAUGCAUCACUCUAUUUUGCCAACAGUGAUUUAUAUAUCAAUGCACUGAAGAAAAAGACUGGCCUUGAUCCCUGUGCCAUAUUGACAGCAAGGAAAAAAGCACAGAAAAGACAUGCCAAGGAACUAAAACGUGAGCAUAAGAAGACUGCAGUCAUGAAGAUGACUAAUGACCUGGACAAUAGUGUGAAACAUGAAGUGAUGAAUGAUGAAUUACCCCUCAAUGGAAAAUUUGCAGAAACGGCUCCACAAGACUCCUCUCCAGAUGAACUUGAACAUUUUAUGAAGCCAAUGACCAGCAUUCAUUCAAUCAUUUUGGAUUUUUCCCCAGUGAACUUUGUGGAUUCUGUUGGAGUCAAAGCUUUGAAAUCAAUUAUAAAAGAAUAUGAAGAAAUUGGUGUUUCGGUGUACAUAACUGGCUGCAAUGGAUCUGUUAUGGACAACCUUUGUAGACUACACUUCUUGGACAAAGCUGCCGUAAAAGACUUACUCUUUCCCAGUAUCCAUGAUGCUGUACUCACCAGUCAACUGAAAGGCCUCUCUGCCUUACAGCCACCUUUAGACACUGUCAUUUGUACGUCUACAUCUUAAAUGGUAUGGAGAUGCAUCCACUGACUUCUGAGAGCUUUUCUUAUUUGCCUAAGACUAGCUGCUCUUACGGGUAUGACACAGAUGUGGAGCAGCUUGCAUUCUGCCAGAACAGUCUGAGGAAUUGGAGGCCUUAUACUUUCAAAACAUGUGUUUUUUAAUGAAUUAAUUUGGAACCUGAACUAGUGUGCAAGUGUUUAUAUAGAAUCGGGGAGGCAUGUCCUUUCCUGCCAGUAUCCAAAAAUAUUUUGGACUUUUUUUUCCUUUUUGUUCAGAAAUGUGCCAGCAGAUAAUAGUGCACUAUGAAUAAAAUAUAUAUUGCACAGUAUAUUACUGGAAAGAGUAAAUAUUAAUUUAAGACAAGUGGUACUAAUAUAGUCCCUACUCUUUUCCUUGACAAUAUAUCCAAAUGCCUGUCUGGGAACAGCAGAUAUUUGGAAAUUUUGUACCAACUACUGACUGCUUGUACUGUAUAGGUGUCUUAAAACCCCUCCUUCAAUUUGGUGCCUUCCUAAUGUGUUGAAUUACAGCUCCCAGAAUCCCAUGGAUAAUUUACUGGGAAUUAUGGGGAUGGGUUGUUGUAGGUUUUUCCGGGCUAUAUGGCCAUGUUCUAGAGGCAUUUUCUCCU